ACGAAAUAAAUAUUGAUUCCCAAUAUUUAAAAGUAGUAAACAAAUUUGUCAAAUUGAAAUUACAAGGAAACCAGAGCGACGAAAAAGACAUAUCAAGAUUAGCAAGAUUCUAUUUAAAAAAUGAAAAAGAAAAUGAUGAAGAUGAAUUAUUACUUGAUGAAGAAAUUGGUGUUUUCCCAACAAAAUGUCCAAUAUCACAAAUGCCUUUUGAAAAUCCCGUUACACAAAGAUUUAGCAAAAAUAGAAAAGCUUGCGUACACACUUUUGAAAAGGCAUUUAUACUUCGAUUAAUGCAUAAUAAGGAUACAAUAGAAUGCCCCAUAGCAGCUUGUAAAAAAAAGGUCUACAAAAGUUCCCUUCAUCCUGAUUAUGAAUUUCUUCAUCAUUCAAGGUACAAAAAAUUUAGGGACCAUAUCACAGAUGCCUUGGAAUAUUUUAAUAAUAUACGCAAUGAAGAAAAGGAAAUUUUAGAUUUUGCUGAAUAA